AUGAAAAUGAUAAAUCAAAUUUCCAUUUUCCUAAUCUCCUUCAUCCCCCAAAUCCUCGCCCAGCAGCCCUACAUCCGGCAGGCGACGACCCUCUGCGACAGCCGGGACAACUCUACCUCCGUCCUCGGCUACACCUGCAACGGCCCCACACCCACCUGCCGGGCCUACCUCACUUUCCGGGCCCAGCCCCCUCACGCCUCCGUCGCCGCCAUCUCCGCCCUCCUCUCCACCAACUCGUCCGACCUCGCCCGCCUCAACUCGGUCCCCACCACCACCACCUUCGAUUCCGGCCAAACCGUCCUCGUCCCCGUCACCUGCUCCUGCUCCGGACCACUUUACCAGACCAACGCCUCCCACACCGUCGUCUCCGGCGACACCUACCUCAUCAUCGCCAACAACACCUUCCAGGGAUUGUCCACCUGCCAGGCCCUCCAGGCUCAGAACCCGAUUCCGGCCCGAGAUCUGCUCCCGGGCGAGCGGCUCACCGUCCCGCUCCGAUGUGCGUGCCCGACCCGAAACCAGUCGGUCAACGGCGUCAAUUACUUGCUCAGCUACCUAAUCUCCUUCAAUCAGUCUCUAUCGACCAUCAGCGCUCAAUUUGGGGUCACCGACGACGAAAUCCAAGCCGCCAACGGGUUAUCACCGUCGGAUCUCAUCUUCCCCUUCACCACCAUCCUGAUUCCUCUCCGGAACCCACCGACGCCAUCCCAAGUCACAUCUCCUCCUCCUCCGCCGCCGCCCUCCCCUCCUCAAUCCUCCGGCGGCAGCGGCUCGAGCCGCACGUGGGUGUACGCACUGGUCGGCUCAAUCGCCGGCCUAUUCGCUCUGUUCAUCCUGGGCACUGUCGUUUUCUGUUUAUUCUUCCGGAAAAAGAAAAACCAACCCGGAAAAAAACCCGACCCGGCCAUCCCAUCCCAGAGCUUCGACUCGGUGGUAAAGGAAUCGAACGGGGAAUAUUCCGGGGACUUCCUCUCCAGCCUCUCCAGCAUAGCCCAAUCCCUAAAGGUCUACACAUUUGACGAGCUCCGGGCUGCUACGAACAAUUUCGGGCCCAACUGCCAGAUCUCGGGCUCGGUCUACCGCGGCACAAUCAACGGCGAUUUCGCCGCCAUCAAGAAAAUGAAAGGCGACGUCUCGAAAGAGAUCAAUCUCCUCAACAAAAUCAACCACUUCAACCUCGUACGCCUCUCUGGAGUCGCCUUUGAUGAGGGCGAUUGGUAUCUCGUAUACGAGUACGCCCCAAACGGGUCCUUAAACGAAUGGAUUCUCGAACGAAAAAAGACUAACCUAAAUUGGAACACAAGAUUGCAAAUUGCUCUAGAUAUAGCCGCCGGAUUAAACUACCUCCACCGAUAUGCCUCACCGCCUCACAUCCACAAGGAUUUGAAUAGCGGCAAUGUGCUUCUCGACAAGGAUUUCCGAGCGAAAAUCGCGAAUUUCGGGCUCGCGAGAUCGGCCGAUGGGGAGUUUGCGCUGACGAGGCAUAUCGUGGGGACUAAAGGUUACAUGGCGCCCGAGUAUUUGGAGAACGGUGUCGUGUCGACUAAACUCGACGUGUACUCGUUUGGGGUCGUGUUGUUGGAGAUUCUAAGCGGGAAAGAGGUGUAUGGAGGGGUGAAAGCGCAAUUAUCGGAAGUUUUGUGGGAGGAGGAUGGAGGGAGAAGGGAGAGUUUGAGGGAGUUGAUGGAUCCUUUGUUGGGAGGGGAAUAUGCGGAGGAUGUUGCGGUGGUGUUGUUGAGGAUAGUCGAGAGUUGUGUGGAGCGGGACCCGGCAGAUCGGCCGGAGAUGGACCAUGUUUUUAGGUCUCUGUCGAGGGUUUCGGCUUCUGCAGCAGUUGGUGUACCAGGAUAUGAGACUGGUCCUAGAUAA